CGCAAGGAAGCUGCGACGCUGAGUUUCACUCUGGCUGUCUCCUCAAGAGUCGGAGCCACAGUCGGAGCUGUGCCCAGGCCGAGCCGGAGGUGAAGCCUGAGCGCGGCAGUAUCCUCCUCCUGCCCCCUCACCCCCCUCAGCCUCGGUGGCUUGGAAUUUGUGUCGCUGAGUCAGCAAGCCUUUCAGAUUCGCCCGGUUUUUGUUGUUUGCGUUUUCUAUCAAGAUGGGAACUAAAACAAGUCAUUCCUCCUAAAGAUCUGGUAUCUCCGUCAAGAAGGCACAGUUUGUGCCAGCUCUCCAGAGAUAAAAGGUCUCCUGGACGCUCUGGGCAAUGAACCUGAGACCCCAGUCCAGAGUGGUCUGAAUCAGCUGGGGAAGGCAGAGGGCAUCCUGGGGAAGAUGGCCAUGGCCCCAAGCCCAUCCCUGGCUCAGGUGUACACCAGCCCUGUGGCAGUGGCCGUGUGGGAAUGGCAGGAUGGGCUGGGCACCUGGCAUCCCUACAGUGCCACCGUCUGCAGCUACAUCGAGCAGCAGUUUAUCCAGCAGAAAGGCCAGCGCUUUGGGCUGGGGAGCCUGGCCCACAGCAUCCCCUUAGGUCAAGCUGACCCCUCGCUGGCUCCUUACAUCAUCGACCUCCCCAGUUGGACACAGUUCCGUCAGGACACUGGCACCAUGCGGGCUGUGCGGAGGCACCUGUUUCCCCAGCAUUCAGCCCCGGGCCGUGGCAUCAUCUGGGAGUGGCUGAGUGACGAUGGCUCCUGGACGGCAUAUGAAGCCAGCGUCUGUGACUAUCUGGAGCAGCAGGUGGCCAGGGGCAACCAGCUCGUGGACUUGGCUCCCCUGGGGUACAACUACACCGUCAACUAUGCCACCCACACACAGACCAACAAGACUUCCAGCUUCUGCCGGAGUGUGCGGCGCCAGGCAGGGCCCCCUUACCCGGUGACCACCGUCAUUGCUCCGCCAGGCCACACAGGAGUCGCCUGCUCUUGCCAUCAGUGCCUCAAUAGUGGUGGAACUGGCCCAGUAUCAGGCCGCUACCGCCACUCCAUGACCAACCUCCCUGCGUACCCUGUCCCCCAGCCCCCCCACAGGACCGCCAUUGUUUUUGGGGCUCACCAGGCCUUUGCUCCGUACAGCAAACCCUCACUCUCCGGGGCCAGGUCUGCGCCCAGGCUGAACACCACCAACCCCUGGGGUGGGGCCCCGCCCUCCCUGGGGAACCAGCCCCUCUACCGCUCCAGCCUCUCCCACUUGGGACCACAGCACCAGCCCCCAGGAUCGUCCAGUGCCGGUGGAGCCAGUGCCUCCCUCCCCAGCGGUCCAGCAAGCAGCCCCGGGAGCAUCCCUGCCACGGUACCCGUGCAGAUGCCGAAACCCAGCAGGGUCCAGCAAGCCCUCGCAGGCAUGACGAGUAUUCUGAUGUCAGCCAUUGGACUCCCCGUGUGUCUUAGCCGCGCACCCCAGCCCGCCAGCCCUCCCGCCUCCUGUCUGGCCUCUAAAAGUCACAGCUCAGUUAAGAGAUUGAGGAAAAUGUCCAUGAAAGGAGGGCCUCCAAAGCCAGAGCCGGAGCCAGAGCUGGUGAUAAAAAAGUAUACUGAAGAGCUAAAGACAGCCCCAGAUGAGGACUGCAUCAUCUGUAUGGAGAAGCUGUCUGUGGCAUCCGGGUACAGUGACGUGACCGACAGCAAGACCAUCGGGCCCAUGUCUGUGGGCCGCCUUGCCAAGUGCAGCCACGCCUUCCACCUGCUCUGCCUGCUGGCCAUGUACUGCACUGGGAACAAGGAUGGAAGCUUGCAGUGUCCUUCCUGCAAAACCAUCUACGGGGAGAAAACUGGGACCCAGCCCCGGGGGAAGAUGGAGGUGUUCACGUUCCAGGUGUCCCUUCCCGGUCACGAGGACUGCGGGACAAUACUCAUAGUCUACAACAUCCCCCACGGCAUUCAGGGCCCCGAACACCCCAACCCUGGAAAGCCGUUCACUGCCAGAGGGUUUCCCCGCCAGUGCUACCUUCCGGACAAUGCCCAGGGCCGCAAGGUGAAGGCCCGGCCCCCGGCCCUCUGCGUCUGGGCCCGGCUGCCUGUGUGCGGUCCUGGAGCUGCUGAAGGUGGCCUGGAAGAGGCGGCUUAUCUUCACCGUGGGGACGUCCAGCACCACGGGCGAGACGGACACAGUGGUGUGGAACGAGAUUCACCACAAGACCGAGAUGGACCGCAAUGUGACUGGCCACGGCUACCCCGACCCCAACUACCUGCAGAACGUGCUGGCCGAGCUGGCCGCCCAGGGGGUGACCGAGGACUGCCUGGAGCAGCAGUGACCCGCGGCCUGGCUGGUCCUAUCUCCACCCACCAUGCGGAGCUGCCCCUGGGAUGGGCAGGUGGGAAGGUGCCUUUCCUCAGAGGCUGGAAUGUUUGUAGGGGGCACAGGUGGGCUCCACCUGGAGUCGGGGCUUCUGCCUGCCUGUCCCCCUCCCCUCCCCUCCCGGCCCAGGUUUGCGUGAGAACAGCCGAGGCUGGGAGUUGUGCUUGUGGGGCUCAGGAUGCAGCUACCUCAGUGCUUGGACCGCUCCGUCCAUCGCGGGCUGCGUUGGGCCCUCAGUGCCGGGGGCCUGGCAGGGGGUGAGGAGAGACUGCCACACCCCCAGCCAGGGGCAGGCCUGGGUCUAGGUCAGCUUCUCAUACCUCAGAUGUUCUGUUUGCAAUAAAUGCCCUAUAGCCAAA